CCGUAACAAUGUGCUGGUCCAUCAACACAAGAAUCACAUUAUAACAAAGACGCUAUAUCAUCACAACAACACAUCCACUACACCGAACUAAAACCACAAUGCCCAACCAACGAGUCCCUGACGAGGAGGCCCGCAUGAUUGCCAAGAUUUACUCGACCGACUUCUACAGGAAAGUAAGCGACCUCGCGCGCAAUCCUAGCGGUACUGUCUAUGAUCCCACCAUGGGUCCUCCCCCUCCAUCCCCAGCCUUCAAAGAAUUCCGUCCUAUGCCUCCAAGCUCUCAAGCUCCACGACCGGACACACCUCGCCCAGAGGAUCACUAUGGAGCCGGGAUGCUUAUCCCAGGCAAGGCGAUUGUCAACGACAACUGGGAAGAAAACUUGCGACGCGUCAUCGGCCCGAAUUACGGUGGCUACCGCUGGAAGAGUCUAGGAGACAUGACGAUGAGAUGCUGGCAGCACGUCCGAGAGAAGGGAAAUCGAACCCAGAGGGGCACGAAAUGGAAUAUGGACGAGAUUGAGCGUUACGGGAGACUCUCGGUCUGGGGCGUUCAUAAGGAUGUGAUUGGAGCACUCAUGGGCUGGCCAGUUAAUCCACAGUGGACUCGUGAGGAGGAAGAUCACUUCGAGGCGGCUGUUCAAGAUGAGUUGAGGUAUAUUCCUGUAACGCAGCAGGAGGCUGCGGCUAAUGUUGUGGAACGUCAGCAAGAACCCCAUGAAGAAUAGUGAGCGACACACGAUUGAGUUGUAGGGGGAUGGAGACAAGGGAUGAGACGAACAUGGUGGACGUUGGUGGCCUAUGGCUUGAUACAGUUGGAGAGAAAGACAGAACUCUAGCUUAAUGAGAUGUUAGAAAGGUAGAUAGACAAC